AUGGUAAGGAAGAAGGGGGGAACACGCACACUUGGAGAGGGCAGUACAACGGAGAGUUGUACGCUCUUUUUUCCUUUUGGAAGAUACAGGAGCGAAACAAUCAACCUAUUGAUAUUGGAACCCCCAAAAGAUUCUUCUAAUGUAUCAUUUCUGGGUCCAAUGGAAUUCAUAGGCAUAGGAAGAAGUCCUAUCAAAUAG